CCCAGCGUCUUCUUUACUUUAAUCCUCAUAAAUUAUCAGAGGAAGACUUGGGUUGGGUCUUGGUUGGGCUGGGGUAAUCACUCAUAAUCAUUGAAUUAGCUCCGUUACUUUUUCUCUCCAUUGAAGCAGCCGCGCCACAAACGGGGUGGGGGAAGGCACCUUUUCACUCUCUCUCUCUCUCUCUCUUCAUCUCUCGCUCUCAGGAAGGGAGCGACAAUGGCCAUUCGACUGCGACUUCUUCAUUAGUCUCUCUCUCUUGCCGAAGCUAAUAAGUUUGUUUAGUCAAGGGAAGACCAACCCCUUUUGAGAUUUGUCUCUCCCAUCCCAAGGAUAUUACUGGGUCAAUCUUAAUUCCGCGGCUGCUCUGCUCCAGGGAGAAAAGAAAGAUCUGGGGAAAAGGGAAGAUAUGGAGGAAGAGAAGAAGAGCAAGGAAGAGGCUCCCCGGCUGCUGGUUCAGAGCCUGAUCGAUAUGGUGAACGAGAUAGCUUCCAUCUCGGAUUACAGGUGCUCGGUGAAGAAGCAGUACUGCAACCUAGCUCGGAGGUUGAAGCUCUUGACCCCAAUGUUCGAAGAAAUUCGGGAGAGCAAAGAGGCGAUCCCCGAGGAGACUCUGGAUUCUCUGGCGUCUUUGCAGGUUGCUCUCGGUUCAGCCAAGGAAUUGCUCAGAUUCGGGAGCGAAGGCAGCAAGAUUUAUCUGGUAUUGGAGAGAGAGGACAUAGUCGUCAAGUAUCAUGAGUUGACAUUUCAGUUGGAAGAAGCUCUAAGUGGAAUCGCUUUGGAAAAACUUGACAUAUCAGAUGAAGUUAAAGAACAGGUUGAGCUCGUCCUUUCCCAGUUCAGGAGAGCCAAAGGGAAAUUCGAAUUCCCUGAUACGGGCCUCUAUAUCGAUAUUGUUAAGCUUCAUGAAGAAACUUUUGAUGCAUCAGAAGUUCCUGCUCUUCUACGGAGAUUGUCCGAGAAGCUACAACUAACUGGGAUUGAUGAGCUUACUCAAGAGUCACUUGCUUUGCAUGAGAUGGUUUCUGCUACAGGUGGAGACCCCGAGGAGAAAAUAGAGAAGAUGUCGAUGCUACUUAAAAAGAUCAAGGAUUUUGUUCAAACUGAGAAUCCCAACAUGGAUGCUCCUGGGGGAAAAGGUGCUCCUCCCAGUGGCAGUGGACAAGCUUCAACCGACGAAAAUCACAAAGUUCUAGUGAUACCAGAUGAUUUCCGCUGUCCUAUAUCUCUAGAAUUGAUGAAGGAUCCCGUCAUUGUAUCAACAGGGCAGACCUACGAACGAACCUGCAUUGAGAAAUGGCUGGAAACACAUGGAACAUGUCCAAAGACGCAGCAAUCUCUUGCUGGUACCACGCUCACCCCCAACUAUGUCCUACGAAGCCUCAUUGCCCAGUGGUGCGAAGCAAAUGGAAUCGAACCACCAAAACGACCAAGCAGUUCUAGAACCAGCAAAGUGACGUCUUCCUUCUCCCCUGCUGAACGUACAAAGAUCGAAAUACUCCUCCAAAAGCUCACGUCUGGAACUCCUGAGGAUCAGCGUUCCGCUGCAGGCGAGGUCCGCCUUCUCGCCAAACGUAAUGCCGACAACCGUGUUGCUAUUGCUGAAGCUGGUGCAAUUCCUCUCCUAGUUAGCCUCCUCUCAACGCCCGACUCUCGCACCCAAGAACAUGCUGUGACGGCUCUGCUUAACCUCUCCAUAUGCGAGGACAACAAAGGCAGCAUCAUAUCGGCUGGAGCAGUUCCUGGUAUAGUAAAUGUGCUGAAAAAGGGUAGCAUGGAAGCCCGGGAGAAUGCUGCUGCUACCCUUUUCAGCCUUUCAGUCAUCGAUGAAAAUAAGGUCAUAAUUGGUGCUUCUGGAGCUAUUCCCCCACUGGUGAUGCUUCUGAGUGAAGGCACCCAGAGAGGGAAAAAAGAUGCUGCAACUGCACUGUUCAACUUGUGUAUUUAUCAGGGGAACAAGGGGAAGGCGGUCAGGGCUGGGGUGAUCCCCACACUGAUGUGUUUGCUUACCGAGCCAGGUGGUGGGAUGGUUGAUGAAGCUCUGGCAAUACUAGCGAUAUUGGCUAGCCACCCUGAUGGUAAGGCUGCCAUUGGUGCUGCUGAGGCUGUACCUGUUUUGGUUGAAGUUAUUGGAAGUGGAUCUCCAAGGAACAGAGAAAAUUCAGCUGCUGUUUUGGUGCAUCUUUGUUCCGGAGAUCAGAAAUAUAUGGCUGAGGCACGAGAGCUCGGAGUGAUGGCACCACUUUUAGAUUUGGCGCACAAUGGGACCGAACGAGGAAAGCGAAAGGCUCAGCAGCUGCUUGACCGUAUUACUAGGCUCAUUGAACAGCAGAAGCAGGCCGAAGGCCAGUCAGAUGCUCAACAUCAACCAAACGGGCCAUCAUCCGCUGUCAUGAAUCCUGCAGAUAGCUAACAAAAAUUUUCGAGCUUCUGUGUUUGCUUUGAUUUUGUGGUUCCGGUUAAAUAUAAAUAUAAAUAUAUGUCGAUACACCCAGAGGCCGACUUCUUCUAAUUUGAGAGGGAAAGGUGGAAGAUCACCUGAUCCCGCCCAUCUAUAAGCGCUAUUUAUUUUGAAGGCGAGUGAUGGCAGCUGCAAACUUGCAUGGUGAAAAAGGUAUGCUACACAGUUAAGAGAACGGUGCAAGGGCAGGAAACAGAAGGGGUUUCACAUAUAAAAUGUGUCUGAAGUGCUGCACCAUUGUUGUAACAUGUAAUCAUCCUCUCAACAUUUUUUUCUUCAUAGAAGAGAUGUGUUUCUGCUUUUGGGUGUAUUUUUCGUCGCCGCGAAAGACCAAUGUAAGUUAUCAUCGUGAUGUUGUAUAUCUGCUGCUGCAAGUGCUCAAAGAGUUGUUCAGGCGACCUUGUUUAACUGUCUGAUUUGUCUUUGAAUGUCCUUACCUUGUUUCUGCCUGUAGGCUCCCCUCAAGUGAAGCUUAGGAGAGGUGAAUGGUGAUUAGAGUGGUGGAUUCAUGACAUAGUACAAUAUUGGCC